UGCACAUACGGAUAAGUAUUUGAACAUUUUUUAUCCAAUCUAUCAUGAAUUUCAGUUUUCUAUUCAGUAUAUUUGCUGUGUGUAGUGCACUAUUCAUCCAUGUUCAAGCAGAGAUAGAAAGCAGUGAAGAAGUAUUCUUAACGAAGCAACAAGUUUUUGACUACUUAAAAAUCUUAAAGAAAUGUGAAUUGGAUAGUGGAGCAAAACCGAAGUAUAUCCGUAACAGUAUAAUGGGACGAUUUAAGCCAGAACAAAAGUUUAAAGAUUAUUUAUACUGCUUGGGAAAUUCUACAGGAUUUUUAGAUAAAGAAGGUAACAUUGAUAAAAAAGCGUUCCUACACAAGACAAAUUCGCUACUAAAGGAUAAGAAAAAGGCGGAAAAAAUAGUCAACUCCUGUAUGUCACAAGAAGCUGAUCAACCGACAGCAAUAUUUAAUGCUCUUACAUGUUAUAAUGACAUGAGAUCGAAGAUUUAAAUAUAAAACUAUUUUUCAGGUUCAUUUUAAGUAUAAUUUUAUCCAAUAAUAAAUUUUUCUUAGUUGUUU